UUCUCUCUCAUCCACCAAUCCAUCUAUCAGUAUUGACUGCAUCUUUUUCAAAUCUAAAAUCAGAAUAGUCGAAUUUCACCGCUUCGAAACCCUUCAAUUUAUCCCCAAAUUUUUGAAAUCCAAAUAAUCUUCGCUGUUCUCAAGUAAUCUCUCAUAAGUCUUCAUCAGAAAACCAAGCAAUCUUCGUCUUCUUCAUUUCUCUGGUACACUUCAAUUCCUUCUUUCUCUCUCGUUUUCUGCAUUCGUGCUUCGCUUUCUCUCUUGUGUUCGCUUCAAAAUUCUGGUUGUUGACUCGUUUGCAAAGACGGAAACUAGGGUUUGUAGCUGUAGUUCUCAUCAUUUGAAGAUCAUUCACGAUGAAGUUCCUCGAGUGUCCUUCCUUGGAUCGGCUUAACGAUUUCUUUGGUGAUUUGAAUUUGGGAGAACGUACUAUCAGAGGAUGCCUUGAAGCUUAUACUUGCAAACAUGCUGGAACAGAUAAAAAACUCUCUAUCAGUUUGGAGAAUGAGAUGCUUGAACUUAUUGAGAAAUCAUCUAGCCCUGAUUCUCCCCCGCCGGACGACAUGUUAUUAACCAGAUCCAGCCGAAGGACAUUGAUUUACCUUAUUCUUACCUUGUAUCACAUGUAUCCGGACUAUGACUUCAGUGCAGUCAAAGCUCACCAGUUUUUCACAGAGGAAUCAUGGGACAAUUUUAAGCUUAUCUUUGACACCUACAUGAUUGAAGCCUCAAAGGAAUGGGAUGAAACUGUUGGGGAUGUUUCUCUCCUGGACACAUUGUACAUGGCUCUUGAUGAGGUUGUGAAGUUAGGGGAUUGCGAAAUUUAUGGUUAUGUUCCCGACUCUGAAGCUGAUCCGUUAGUGGAAAAAGGAGCAAUAUGGUCCUUUAAUUUCCUCUUUUACAAUAGAAAGCUAAAACGCGUUGUGACUUUCCGUUUCAGUUGUUUUAGUAACUUGGUUGCUGAUGGAUUUCUUAUGGAUGGAGUACUCAACGAGGGUGAUGAUGAAAUAUUUGCUGACAUGGAUAUAUGAGUCAACACUGCAUAUAUUAUGCUAGUUUGUCAAGACCCCCUUGACGUCCCAUGUGUUUAUCUGAUCAGUUUCCAGUUCUCGUGUUUAGUUCUGUAAAAUAAAGCAAAUCUAUGUGAAGCUUGAGUGGUAGAUCUAGCAUUUGUAUCAUCUUAUGUGCAUAUUGUAGAGUCAGUAUGUGUGUCGUUCUCUUAUAUGCACAUAGUUAGAUUCCGAAUCUGAAUCGAGUUGUUUGUAGAUAACUAAUCCUAGUUAGCACAUCUCUGGUGUGUAAAUAACAGAUAUUUCCUUGGUUGGAAGUGGAGCAAUGAUCGUUGGAUAUAUGUUUAUCUUCUUCUGAAAAGAAUGCUUUCUUUGUUC